AUGCCCAUCUGCAUCGAAUGUCGCCAUCCGGUCAAGACACUAUGGACCAAGUAUUCCAAUGCCGAUGACAAGUCGAGCGGACACAACAUCCGCCUGACCGUCUGUAGGAAUUGUGGCCAGUUCUGCGACAAGUACGUCGAGCAUGACUUUGUGGUGCUAUUCAUCGACUUGGUCUUGAUCAAGCCCCAAGUCUAUCGUCAUCUGCUUCACAACACUCUCAUGAAGGACGAUGACCGCUUCGAUUCUUCAAUCAUCCGCUUGGGUGUGCUCUUAUUGCUGUUCGAUGUUUAUCUUACUUGGGCUCGCAUCGAGAAGCAGACCGUACCCAAAUCGCCCCAGGAAGAGGGCGCCAAUCUGGGCAGCUUGACCCAGCAGUCCAUCGUAUCCCAGUACCUGUUCUUUCUCAUUCUGUGUGCUCUGUCGACGCUCGCCUUCCACGUAAGCAUUCGCUUCUUGACCUCCUCGACACUGUCUCCCCUGAGCAUUCUCAACGUCUUGCCUCGAUAUUCCCGUCCAAAUUCCGUCUCUACAGCAUUGCUCGUAUCCUCUUCAACCAAGCUGUUCCCGAUCCUCAUGGUCAUAUGGCAAUACGACGUUCCGGCUGCCGCGCGAUCCUUGGGUUGGGCCGUGGUUGCAAACAAUGUUGAGGCGCUUCGAAUACUCCUCGACUGCGGUUACGGGAUGGCAACGCUACUCGCAACAACCGGUGCCCUGGCACGCUGGGCAGUAGGACGCGGCGUGCUUUGGGCCGCCGGCAUGGACGGCAUCGACUCCAUAGGGGAAACGAGUAUUGCCGCGGACGGCAAGGCUCUCUGGGCUUUGCUCAUGUAUUUUAGAGAAUGGGCGAGCGAUUUAGCAGCAGGAUAA